AUGGAUUCUCUCUACCGCAAGCUCUACGAAAAAUACACCAAACUCAAGAAGAAGAAAUUCUCCGAACUCGACGAGAUUAGCAUCGGUCAAGAGGAGAAGUUCCUAAACUUUGUUUCAGCCUCAGAGGAGUUGAUACAGCACUUGAGAAGUGAAAAUGAGAAUUUGCGUGGGAUAGUAGGGAAUUUGAGGAGUGAUAUAACUUCAAUCAGAUCUAACAAGGGCGAGGAAUCUUUGGAGUAUCAAAAGCUUUAUAUGGAAGAAGAACGAAAGAACAAGGAACUUUCCAAAGAAGUUGACAAGCUAAAAGAGCUGAUCAAAGAGGGACAUCCUCGCAACUCCAGAGAUCAAAGUGGAAAGCAACAAGAGAGAAAGACUCCAGAAUCUGCUCAAGUUACAACGAGAAGUAUGAGAAAACGUAGCAGACUGUCAGAAGAUACGUUAGAAACGGACAUGGCACCACCUCCAAUUAGCAUACAUCAUAAGGCAACGGAAAAUCUCUUGGUUUCUCAGCCACAAUGCUGCAAAACGACGGACGAUGGAUCAAGUAGUUCUGCGGGCUGUGUAUUUCAAGCUCUUGGCGAACACUUGCUAAGAAUGAAAUUAUCAACUGCUUAUGAAGGCGAUCGUGUCUGUAUCACAGCCUUGGAUCCAUCAAGCGGUUUAUCGUUCAGCUUGACUUUUGUAAAGAACUCAACUUCUGAAGAAUCUGAGCUGCUCUACGAAGUUGUAUCGCUAGGGACAUUUGAAAGAGUAGCGCCGAAAUGGAUGAGAGACGUUAUAAAGUUCAGCACAAGUAUGUGUUCCGUCUUCUUCGAAAGAGUCUCUCGAGUCAUUAAGCCCCAUUGUUGA